AGUCCGAGCAACACCGGAAGUUGGUUCAAAGGUGUGUUCAGUGGUAGUAAGAUUUAUUUUGGAUGCUGUGAACCCAAUGAACACCGGAGACGAUGGCUGAAGAAAAGAGUGCUGCUGCUAAAGGCGUCGUUGAUUGCAGCGUUCACCGGGACGUCCAGGAUUAUUAUGGCAGAGUGCUGAAGAAAACCUCGGACCUGAAGAGCGGUGCCUGUGUGGCACCAGCGCAGCCCAUCCCAGCCUACAUCCACCAGGCUCUGAAAAACAUCCACCCAGAAGUCACUGCCAAGUACUAUGGCUGUGGCCUGGUGGUUCCAGAGAGCCUGGAGGGCUGCAGGAUACUUGAUCUGGGCAGUGGAAGUGGGAGGGACUGCUACAUGCUGAGUCAGCUGGUGGGCGAGAAGGGCCACGUGACUGGGAUUGAUAUGACUGAGGACCAGCUUAACGUUGCCAGGACAUAUGUGGACUAUCACAUGCAAAAGUUUGGCUACAAGAAGCCCAAUGUAAAUUUUGUCCAAGGCUACAUUGAAGCUCUAACAGAGGCAGGUCUGGAAAGGAACUCAUUUGAUAUCAUCAUCUCCAACUGUGUGGUGAAUCUCUCUCCAGACAAGAAGCAAGUUUUAGCUGGAGCCUACAAUGUACUGAAGGAUGGUGGUGAGUUCUACUUCAGUGACGUGUACAGCAGUGAACGACUACCAGAGGCAAUUAAAAAUCACAAAGUUCUGUGGGGUGAGUGCCUUGGAGGAGCACUAUGGUGGAGGGAUCUGUUGCUGUUGGCUGAGGAAGUGGGCUUCAGCCCCCCGCGGCUCGUUACAGCCAGUGUCAUCCCUGUCAACAACCAAGAACUGCAGGAAAUUUUAGGUGACUUCAAGUUUGUGUCCGCCACGUACCGCCUGUUUAAGGUUCCUAAAGGCAACACCAAAACCUGUCAGGUCAUAUAUAACGGGAAUAUUACUGGGGUAGAGAAAAGCUUCCUGUUUGACUGUCAGUACACAUUCAAGGUUAAUGAAGUGGUAGAUGUAGAUGGAGAUCUCUCCAGCAUCCUGACCCAUUCCAGAUUUGAGGAGGACUUCACUAUUCAGCCACCUGGAGGCCCCCGGGGCUCCUGUGGAGUCCAACCUAAGGCAGGCACUGUGGAUCCUUUCGAGAUCGUCCUCCAGUUGGAGAAGCUAACUCCAGGUUCAGCCACAGGAGGAUGCUGCAGCACACGAUCUACUGCCUGCUGCUAGUGAUGGAGGGAAGGGCUCAGAAGAACACAGGCCCAGAAUCAGGCUGUGUAUGUAUAUGGUUCAACCAAGGUUUUUGAAUUGUUACUUGGUAACACUUGAGAUAUAAAGUCAGUAAAUUUGAUUAUUUGUGUAUCAUUUAUGUUCCAUGUACAAAUCUGAAUCGUUCCCAAUGGGAAAACCAUAUAUACUUAAAUUGUUGACAAAGUGAUGUUGUUUUAAAAAAUAAAAGUUUUAAUCAUUUUAAUAACAUUGCAAAAGCACAAAAGUGCCUUUCUCUCUCAAGCAUUUUGUAAAUGAAUUUGCAUUUUUCAUCUUGCAAUUAUGCAUGUAAUUCACACUUCUAUGUUUAUUAAAUGUUUCUGUCAUGUUGUUCAUAUUUGUAAUGAAUUAUAGUGUUUCACUAAAUCACUUUAAUGUUGUCUAUAGAAUUAUUUUGAGCUUGUCAUGAAAUGAGUUUGAGUGGACUUUGGAGAACUGCUGCUAAUUUCCAAUGUAAUCCAGGAUACUGGGAUUUCCAAUAAUUAAAAAAUGUAUUUUUAUGCUAUGUUUUGUUUCUUUGCAAGAAAAUAAAUAUUGUUAUUUUUUCAGAUCA